GCCCGACAAAUCGCCGUAAGCAUCACGUAUCGCGUCGUGUCAAUAAAACACAUCAAACGCGUCGCGUUCGAAGUGCUUUUUAACAAAAAAUUCUGCACGUGAGGCUCAUUUAAUUCUAUUGCAAUUCUCGCUGAUUUAAGAAAAGGGAAAAGAAAACGCUUUCCGUUAUCUUUGUUCCUCGAACGGUCGUUCUUUUCCGUUUUCGACACGCACAGAAGACGUUUUUGAAGAGUCACUUUUCCAAAUUGAUUGACUGUGAAAAAGUGAGGAAUAGCUUACCAAGCGGGCGCGGUGAGCGGUGUGUACGCUCCUGAACGAAGCGUCGCGCACGGAGCAGCGCGCUGGUGCACGGCGGAGUCUGCAAUAAACAAACUCCGAGAUCUCGAGCCGAAAUCGGCAGCCGUAUCCAACACGGCGAAGUAGCCGUGAGAAGAAGCGAACGGUUGCACGCUGUCAAUCUACUGUCAGUCGUUAAGCGGCGUUUCUGUUGACGCUAGAGCGAGUGGCGGUGCGGUCAGCUGAGGAAAGUGAAAAGCACGUCCUCGUCGCGGAGGAGCACAGACGUUCGCGGAAAUGGGCAGUACGGACAAGGCUGUGAUCACGGGAUUCAUAUGCAGACUCUGCAGCAAGAUGAACCGCUUCGUGAUCCACAUUUACGGCGAAGAGGGCGAGAGGAUGAAGUUGGCUGAGAAGAUAAACGCUUACCUGCCGAUCACGGUGAACAUAAACGACCCGUUGCCAAAGACUGCAUGCUUACACUGUAUCGAACGAUUAGAGGCGCAUCAUGAACUAAUGGAGCAGUUCAUGUUCGCCAGAAGGAGAUUAAACACGGAUAAUAAGACUACUACGGUGGCAUCAUCCUCCACAACGACUUCUACGACGACAGCCCCGACAUCAAGCACACCUCCGUGUUGACCAGUGCAAUGAAAGAUAGCAAACCCCUUCGCUCAAUGCGCCACAUUCGUCAAGAUCGGAUAAUUCCCAUAUAAUUUUUCAUUCAUUUCAUUUAGCCCCCUAACCUGGUGAGCAAUCAGUGAACCGUGUAAAAAAGAACCUAACAGGAUCAAAGUAAAGAAAUGUCAAAUUAUACAUUUUGUACAUGACACAAUGUUCUCAUGUAACAAUUGCACAUUCAUUUCAGCAUGAUUAAGUAUUCUUUCAUGGUAUUAAUGAGGUUUUUGGGAGCUACAUUCUGCCAAUGCACACUUUUAUCUUACAAAAAUGCUAACUUUGCUAAUGUAUUGUGAGAUGAGAUACAAUGAGAUACAAGUGUGCGUUUUCAUAUGUGGCAUAUUGUGUAAAAACAGUCCUUUAAUCAAUUUAAAUAAGAAAUCAUGUAAUGUCGCAUUGAACUUUUCUCACUGACCUAUACAUGGUUAGUAAUUUGUAACAAAGUGAUACCUUAAGAGAUGUGAACUCUUUUGGGCAAGCGCAAUACUAUUGAAAUAAUCGAACAUAUUCAUACUCGAGAGAGACAUUAUCGGGUAUCUAGCAGUCAUUCGGAGUAUUCACUUGUGAUCCCAGUAGCCGAGAAUUUCGUCGGAUGUGCAGAUCAAAUCGACACUGAAUACUGAACCAGAGCGUAUUGAGUAGAGCAUGGCAAUCUAUUUCUUACAGUUUAAUUUAUCUAAAAACGAGGCACAAAAAAUUUAACGCGAAAUGGAUACAGAUUAUUACGUGCAGAUCUCGAUACGCUGAAAAUAUUAUUAUAUGAUACAAUAGUUAUCUUAUUUAAUGAAAUAAUCUUGGAGAAUUCAAGAGAGCGUAUAGCAAUAAGUAUCAAAAUUAAUUUGUGAUUAAAUUGACAAUUAUAAAGCGCGAUUUAAUCCGAAUAAAAUUGUACAAAGUUUAUAUCUGAACUCUCAUUAAUCCACAUAUUUGUUUUCUAUAGCUAACCUAAUGUACAUUUUUGAAACUUAAAAGACAAGUACACAAGAUGGUGCAGCGCCAGUUUAGCAGUAUGAAAUAAAUCUCAAGUUCUUUAUUUUCUUAAUAAGCAUAAGAUGCUCUUCAAGAAUAUCCGCAUUGUCUGGCAAGAUAAAUUUUUCGCCCUAACUCCGAAUACUCGAUACUCAAUAUGUCUCUUAGUCAUAUGUAUGUAUAUUAUUUUACGAGUUUACAGUGUUUUCUUUAAAGGAUGUGUUUUAUAAUAUUCUUCUCCUCUUUUUUUUUUCUAAUGAUACUGUUGUACCUUCGACGCAUCAAUUCUACUGGUGUACAAAGAUAAAUAAAGUAUAUAGUAUCGUGAUACACUA